AAAGGGAGAAUUGUUUGAGAGCUCAGUCAUCCAAAAACGGCCUUUCAAUGUGAGAACUUGGGGAGCCGAAGAAGAAGAAGGAGGCGAAGAAGAAGAAGAAAAUGUCGGGUGGCACUGCAGUAAAUUACUGAAGCAGCGAAGGCUUUAGAGCGAAAAAGGGGGGAAAGAAGAGAAAUAAGUCUGUUUUUUGGGGGACUACGACUGAGAAGAGAGGCAACAAGAAGGUGGAGUGAAGUGAGAGUAAAAGUGCAGCAGUUUUUGGGGGUAGUGUAUGGAAAAUGUCUGGAAAGCAAAACUGGACUCUGUGGAUGAGAAAGAGAAGGGUUCCAGUGUUGUGUGCUUUGGGUGCAGUACUGCUGUGCUGCCUGCAGAGCGGCGCUACAGCCACUGACGAAGUGCCGGUGUUCACCGAGGAGCCUGUGUCCGUGGUGCAGAAGUUUGGAGGCAGUGUCUCGUUGCGCUGCAGCGCACAACCCGUCUCAGCCCAAGUCAGCUGGCGUCUCAAUGGCGAGCAGUUGACGGACGGCGAUUACGGUGUGGUAGUGGGUCCCAGCAGCCUGUUCAUCCCCGCUCUGUCCAACCUGACUCUGGGCAGAUACCAGUGUGUGGCCAGCACCGAUGCUGGAGCUCUGGCAAGCGUUCCUGCUAACGUCACUGCUGCCGAGCUUCGGGACUUCGAGCCUGACGUUCAGCAGGAGAUUGAAGUUGACGAAGGCAACACGGCUGUGAUCGAAUGCCAUCUCCCCGAGAGUCAGCCCAAAGCUCAGGUUCGCUACAGCGUCAAGCAGGAAUGGCUGGAAACCUCCAAAGGAAACUACCUCAUCAUGCCGUCGGGGAACCUGCAGAUAGCCAACGCCACGCAGGAAGAUGAAGGGCCGUACAAGUGUGCCGCUUACAAUCCUGUCACUCAGGAGGUCAAAACCUCCACGUCCACCGACCGUCUGCGCAUCCGCCGCUCCACCUCCGAAGCGGCUCGCAUCAUCUACCCUCCGGCGCCCCGCUCCAUCAUGGUGACCAAAGGCCAGCGGCUGGUGCUGGAGUGUGUGGCUAGUGGCAUCCCCACUCCGCAGGUCACAUGGGCAAAAGAUGGCCAGGACCUGCGUUUUCACAACAACACGCACUAUUUGCUCAGCAACCUGCUGAUUGACGCAGUGAGCGAAGGCGACUCCGGCACAUACGUCUGCAGAGCGGACAACGGCUUCGACUCGGCCAGCUCCACCACCGUGCUGUACAACGUGCAAGUAUUUGAGCCCCCGCAGGUCACCGUGGAGCUGCAGCAGCAGGAAGUCGUGUACGGAGAAACGGUACGCUUCACCUGCCAGGCCCGCGGUAAGCCCGCUCCCUCUGUGAUGUGGCUUCACAAUGCUCAGCCCCUGGCUCCGUCUCCCCGCCACCGCCUUACCUCGCGGAGGCUGCACGUGUUGAACGUGGGCCCGCAGGAUGACGGCCUGUACCAGUGCAUGGCAGAGAACGGGGUGGGCAGCUCACAAGCCUCCGUUCGCCUUGUAACCCUAUCAUCUGGGAUUUCAUCUGGGAAGAGGCUGCCUUCCAGCUAUCGCCCUCUCAGCCCAGACCAGGUGCUGAAGGAGCAGCCUCCUGUAAGGCCUGGGGCAACGGGCGCCAUGCUGCCCUUGGACUGCUCUGAACUGCCAGGGCAAAUUUUACCUGCAGAUGCCCCCAUUAUUCUCAGUCAGCCACGCACAGGCAAGGCUGACACUUAUGAGCUCACCUGGAGGCCUCGGCAUGAGCGAGGAGCCCCUGUGCUGGAGUAUAUCAUCAAAUACAGAAAAGAGGGAGACCUUCUUGCAGACUGGAUCAUCCGGACUAUCUCAGGCUCUCUCCAUAAGUUGACCCUGACCAAACUGCAGCCAGACAGCCUGUAUGAAGUGGAGAUGGCUGCCAAAAACUGCGCGGGCUUUGGACAGCCGGCCAUGAUGACCUUCAGAACUGGCAAAAAUCGCAAAGGGCACCACGACCCACCAAAACCUCCUGCUGUUCCUGCAACAAAGCUGUCUCCUCCUGAGGCUCCCGAUAAGCCCACUGUCUCCACGGCCACCGAGACGUCGGCGUACGUGACUUGGAUUCCUCGCGGCAACCGCGGCUUCCCCAUCCAGUCGUUUCGGGUGCAGUACAAGAAGGUGAAGAGGGCAGGGGAGGACUGGGUGACUGCGGUGGAGAACAUUCCUCCGUCGAGACUAUCUGUGGAAAUCACGGGCCUGGAGAAAGGUACAUCUUAUAAGUUUCGUGUAGUCGCAGUAAACGUGAUCGGCUCCAGUCCUCCCAGCGCUCCGUCUAAGGCCUACACUGUGGUGGGUGGAAGAACGCACGAGCGUCCCGUUGACGGCCCUUACAUCACCUACAACGAGGCCAUCAAUGAAACCACCAUCAUCCUGAAAUGGACAUACGCCCCUGUAAACAACACGCCCAUCUAUGGUUUCUACAUCUACUACCGGCCAACAGACAGCGAUAAUGACAGUGACUACAAGAAGGAUGUGGUGGAGGGAGACAGAUACUGGCAUUCAAUCACUGACCUACAGCCGGAAACUGCCUACGACAUCAAGAUGCAGAGCUUUAACGAGAAGGGCGAGAGCGAAUUUGGCAACGUGGUGAUCCUUGAAACAAAAGCUCGUCUCAAUCACCUUUGGACUGUGCCGUCCGAGGCCCCGGACUUGGGGAUCGGGGGCCAGAGCGUGCUUGUGCCUCGCCCUGGUGACCUCCCCUACCUCAUAGUUGGUAUUGUCCUGGGAGCCUUUGUCUUUAUCAUUGUGGCCUUCAUCCCCUUCUGCCUCUGGAGAGCUUGGGCCAAACAGAAACAAACGUCAGACUUGUGUUUCCCCACUGUGGCUGCUCCUGUGUCUUCGUGCCAGUACACCAUGGUCCCUCUUCAGGGACUUGCCUUGGUUGGACACUGUCCACUGGAUCCACACAUGACAGCUCCACAUGGCGUUUACCCAGUUAACGGAGAAUACAUGCAGAACGGCAAAGCUCACCACCCGAAGGAGUGUCUGCCAGGACUGCAGCAGGAUGAGGUGGACUGUGAGAUGGAGUGUGACACACUUCUGCCACAGAUGGUGUCAAACGGACAUAUGCCUGUCUACCAUUACUCCACCAGUGGUGCUGAUCAUCACACACAGACCUGCUGCUCUCCCAGCGACGCCACCCUUCACCUUCUGGCGUCUUCCUGUCAGCUUGUUGGCUCAGGUGAAGUGGGAGGUGACACCAGGUUCUGCGCUGCAGACGGAGAACAAGACACAUCCCGGAAACCAGAACCUCUGUAUCUUCUAUCUUCAGAAGAUGGGAUUUUCACGUCGUCUUCAUCAGCCACAACACAACAGUCCCGAGACUCGACUCAAGAAGUGAACGUCCUGCCAAACGAAGUGUCCCUAGAGGACGAAGGGUCGGCCGACACUACAGAUGCAUAAGAGACUGAACAGAGGAAAACGAGAGAAAAUAUUUAUUUUUGUAUCAGAGAUAUUUAUAUAUUUAUGCUUUUGUACAUAAGUGUCUGACUAUACUGUAUAUAUGGUUAUUUUCAUAUUCAAGAGGAUGCUUUUAUUCAAACAUAUGCUCUUUAUAAGCCCCGAACAAAAGAAGUCAUGGCCCUAAGUUUUGCAUUUUGACAUUCUUCCUGUUGUCGGCACUUCCCAUCCACUCAUAAAUAUCCAUUCUUUGGGCCUUUGACACUUCGCUUUAUGCACAACAGUAACUAAAGGGACCAUUUCCACCAAGCUGAUGCUGUCACUAUAAGGUGGUGUGUUCAGAUUUGUAAUUUUGUAUAGCAAUAACACAAAUGUAUUAUGCAUUGCUCAUUAUUAAACUAUUAACAAGUGUAUGCAACAUAAAUCAUUGUUUCAGUAGUGCACAACAGAUUUAUAUAUGUAUGUAUGUAUAUAUAUACAUAUAUAUAAAACUCAUAUUUAUGUUUUCAUCACUGAGUGGGAGAGAUUCUGGAAAAAUAACGGUCAUCGAUAAGCUGAACUUUAUACUGCAGCCACUUGUGUGUUUACUCAUGCUGGUUACCAAAAUGACUGCCAGUAGAGGGUGCUGUGACUGGUGUGUUAGUAUUACACCCCCCCCCCCCACUUAUCCACGCAAGAAGUAUUAGUCUGUGACAGACACGUGAUCAAAAUGAAGGAGAUCCUGAAUUCACAAUGUCAUAAAAGUGCAGCCACUCUGCUGCUGCACAAGC